AGGAGAACACAAGGGAAAAUAUUCAAACAAACAAACUUCACUCAAUACCCAAAGAAGAGAGAGAUGGCAACGUCAGGAACAUAUGUGACGGAGGUUCCAUUGAAGGGAUCGGCGGAGAAACACUACAAGCGGUGGAAGCAUGAGAACCACCUCUUCCCCGAAGCCGUUGGCUCUCACAUUCAAAAAGUCACCGUCCACGAAGGCGAGUGGGACUCUCAUGGAAGCAUCAAGACUUGGAACUACACAUGCGAUGGAAAACAGGAGGUGUUCAAGGAGAGAAGAGAAAAUGACGAUGAUAAUAUGGCGGUAACGCUCAGGGGACUCGACGGUCACGUGAUGGAGGAGCUUAAAGUCUAUGACUGCAUAUUUCAGUUCAUUCAAAAGUCGCCUGAUGAUAUCGUCUGCAAGAUCACAAUGAUAUGGGAAAAGCGAACCGAUGACUCGCCUGAGCCCAUCAACUACAUGAAGUUCAUCAAGAGCAUGGCUGCUGAAAUGGACCACCACGUCCUCAAAGCUUAA